UGCCUGGUUGUCACACCAUGGUGUUCCGUCGGAUUGGGUCAUGGGCGUUUGGCAGUGACUGCUGACGUCUACCGGUACGUUGAGAUGACAUGGUAUGAUCUGUAUACAUGAGAUACAUACUGAAAUCACUGGACUACACCAUCAAUAACUCAUAUGCUCUUAAGAAGACACAAGCUGUCGUAACUCCACUGAUACGUCGAUCGUCCAACAUCCAACUUACCAGAACGAACACAACCAAAUCACCACCACAUGGCACUCUAUCCAAACAUUCUCGACAAGUCAGCCUACAACAUUAUGCUCGCGCAGCAUUACCAAAGCCAAACACCUUAUCUACUACCCUCCUCAAGUAAACCCGCGCACUCUCCGCAUCCACACCAUCAUAUGACUUGCGAUCACCUCUCCGACGCAGUCCAAGACUUCUUCUCACACAUGUUCGCGCCCGCGUUACAUCUCGCCUGCACGUGUUCGACACCCUGCUGGGCUCCAUCAUCGCCCAGUUCACACGACCAAAAUGUGCACGAUGGGAAAGUCGAGAUCGUUGUUGAUAGCGACAUCGUAGUGCGAGAGGAUGAACGGGAGGAAGACGGAGGUCCACUGUGUAGAGAAGCCACGAUCGCUUCUUGGAAAGUGGGAGGGAAGAAACAGGCAAGAAGGCAUAGAAGGAGGAGUCUGCAGUGGUUGGCUGGUGUGAUUGGGAGGGAAGGUGCGUAGGAUGUCGACGUGUGGAUGGGAAAGAGAAGGAUGACUGAACUGAAGCUUAGAGUUCAGAUCUUACAGAUGGUGUUCUUUAUAUCUAGGGUCAGGCGUCUUGGUUGUUUCAUUAUCGCAAUACACGCGACAAACUUCCUUUGGCAAAGUUACUCGUACGCUGUUAAUCAAGCUCGUUCGUGCGUCAACACUUAGCAAGGCAUUUCGACUUUAUCGCCUGCAUGCUACCGAACAGUCGCCGGUCCCAACUCUUUUGCGCAACAACUUGUGAGAGAGACGCACGCAUUUCGUGCAUGAAGCCUGAUAGUAUGUU